CCGUACACGCGAGACAUAAAAAAGCAAGCCAUUCCCUUUCCUUGCAAUGUAAAAAAACUCAAAGUUUGUUUUUGAAUCGCUUAAGUUAUCAUUUUAUUGGUCCAAAGUAUUAAAUUAAUUAAGAUUUUGUAUUUUGAUUUUUUGUAUAGCCUUUAACAAAAUGCCCAAUUUUGUUAAUCUUGCUAUUGAAAAUAUGUCAUUCCCAUAUGAGGUAAUCAUAUUUUACAACGAAUAAAGAAACACUUUGCGUUUUUCAACAUUCAGUCAGAAGUUAAUUGAAAAUCUUAAUAAUUGAUUCAUUGAAUUUGAUAUUAUUGAUGUUUUACACUUUACCAAUUACAAAAUGAGUAAACAUAUUGAGCAAUUUCAAAGUAGUAGAUUAGAAGAUGACAGCGACGAUGCGCAUGAAGCUUCACAACAACAAAUGUCGCCGGCAACAACCAGCCGAGACGCUAAAGAAACAACUGUUGAUGAUGAUGACGAGUGGAAAGAAGAAACUCUUGAUAACGUGCCCGAAAAUAGUAAUAUGCAAGAUGUAGUAGCUUCGCAUUAUAAUGAAUUAAAGGAGGCUGGCCGCACCGAACGGCUAAAAUCAAGAAUAUUUUAUAUGCGUAAUUUUAAUAACUGGAUUAAAUCCCAAUUGAUAGCAGAGUACUUACAUUGCAUUAAGAGUCAGCAAAGGGUUGGAGAUCCAAUGCGAGUCCUGGAUAUGUGCUGUGGCAAAGGCGGCGAUCUUCUCAAAUGGGAAAAGGCCUUGAUUACACAUCUCAUUUGUACCGACAUAGCAGAGGUAUCUGUGGAGCAAUGCAAAAGAAGGUAUGAAGACAUAAUACAACGAGCAGAAACAUCAAAAUUUGCCCAUAAAUUCACAGCAGAGUUUUUCGUAUGUGAUUCGACAUUAGUACGAUUACGUGGAAGAUUUAAAGAUGCUUCGAUGAAAUUAAAUUUGGUUUCGUGUCAAUUUGCCUUUCAUUAUUCAUUUGAAUCACUUACUCAAGCCGAUUGUAUGGUCCGUAAUGCGGCUGAAUGCCUAAAACCCGGCGGUUUUUUCAUUGCUACAAUACCAGAUGCCUACGAAAUCAUGAAGCGAUUGAAGUUAUCGAAUAACGGACGUAGCUUUGGAAAUGAGGUUUACAAAAUUGAAUUCGUAUCGCACACCGAUCCUCCGCCGCUAUUUGGAGCAAAAUACCAGUUUCAUUUGGAAGGAGUCGUUGAUUGUCCAGAAUUUCUCGUUCAUUUUCCAACAUUAAUAAAGUUAUGCCGCAAGCACGGUUUAAAAUUAGAACGUAAGACAACGUUUAGCGAUUAUUAUAAAGAAAAUAUUGAAAAAGGCCGAUCAUUAUUGUAUCGUAUGAAUGGCCUAGAGACUGUUUUCCCAAACCGGUUGAGCCAAAACGAAGAGUACUCUCAUAUCAAGCAAUUUGUUAAGGGCAACUCGAGCCGUUCUUUAGGUACAUUGUCCAAGUCAGAAUGGGAAGCAGCAAGUCUUUAUCUGGUUUGCGCUUUCCGCAAGUGCGAGAAUUCAUUCGAUCGAGAAGGCAAGCCAGUGUUCAUGUUCGAUGACUAAGAUCGACGAAACAAACUAAGCAUUCAAAGCAAACUAAUUACCAUUAUUAAGAAAAUGUUAAACCAAAAUAACAC